GCGCUAGCAACGGUUCAGUCUUAAAGAAUACAAACACACACAGACAAUGUUUCGGAAUUUUUACGCAGAACAGAAAAUGGCAGAUCCCAGAGAUAGUUGGUACAGGCCGAACCUGCUUUACAAUAUUCACUACAGACCUCCAAAGCCACCAACACCACUAAAGAUGAUGGUUGUCACAAAGGAGUUCAACCCUAGUGUGUGUACUUGUGGUGAACAUAGCUGUGUCCCGCAAUAUAGAAUGGAAAGAGAAGUUGUUUGGUCAAAUAAAGAAAUGAAAACAGAGGAAGGCGAACGGAUAAAGCAAAAGAUUGAAGACCUGAGAAAUGCUUUAACAGAUGUGGAAUACGGUGAUACUAGUGAAGACGAUGGAGACAGUGAUGAUGACAGCGAAGAAGCUUGUGCAAACGAAGAAGGAUGGGAAAGCGACGCAUCCUGUAAAGAUAGGUCAGACGAUAUCAAUGUUAUGGCCGACAGAGUAAAUGAUAAUGAUGUUGAAAAGCGGUCCAGUACCCUUAUCAUGGCAGGGGAACAGUGUGAAGAGGGAUCUGAUGCAAAUAUCGAAACACAAAGAGAUAAUUUACAUCCAAAAAUUAGCAAUGCUGUACAAGAUGUGCUAAAAUUGGAACAGCGUACAAGUAAUAUGAAGUCUGAAUUAGCAAAAGUGGUUCUAAAACUCGACGACUUUGCAAAGCCAGACAAACCCAAACGUUCAGUUAAUCUUGUUGAAGACGACGAUGACUGUGGAUCAGCUUUUGGCAUCAUGAGGGUGUAUUGUGAAAGUGAGCUGCAUACUUCCUGGAACCAGACGAGUCAGUUCAAGGUCAAUGAGUGAGGAGAUAUUGAAUUAUUGAUUGUCGCUUUAUCGUCAUUGAAUAAAAAAUGAUUUAUCUUG